AUGGCGUCUCGACAGCCAGCCCGCUGGGCAGCCGCCCUCAGCAGAAGCUCCCCCUCCCUCCUCCACCCCAGCAACCCACGAAUCCUCAUCACAGAACGACACACGCUGCUCCCGCGCACAGCCCAACGGGGCGUCAAGUACGGGUGGUCGACCAUAGACCGGCGAACCAAGCCCAAGCGAUUCAACCAGGUAUCCUCGGGGCUGCCGGCGCCGACGACGGGCCCCGCGGCGGCCCUCGAGCGCAAGUCGCAGUCGACGCCGCUGCGGACGGGCGUGCUGGCGGUCAAGAAGGGCGUGUCGGCGAUGUACACGGCGAAGGGGAUGCGGAUGCCGUGCACGAUCCUGCAGAUGGACCAGGUGCAGGUGGUGGCGGCCAAGACGCGCGAGAAGAACGGGUACUGGGCCGUCCAGCUCGGCUGCGGCCAGAAGGAGCCCGGCAACGUGACGGCGCCGCUGCUCGGCUACUUCGAGGCCAAAGGGGUCGCCCCCAAACGGCACCUCGCCGAGUUCAAGGUCCGCGGCGAGGAGGGUUUGUUGCCGGUCGGCGUGCAGCUGCAGCCGGACUGGUUCAAGGUGGGCCAGUACGUCGACGCGCGGAGUAAUAGCCGGGGCAUGGGGUUCGCGGGCGGCAUGAAGAAGCACGGGUUCAAGGGCCAGGAGGCGAGCCACGGUAACUCGAAGAACCACCGGACGAUUGGUACGACGGGCCCGAGCCAGGGCGGCGGCUCGCGCGUGCACCCGGGCAAGAAGAUGCCGGGGCGCAUGGGCAACGAGCGGGUGACGGUGCAGAACCUGCGGGUGCUGAAGGUGGACAACGAGAUGGGGAUCGUGGUCAUCAACGGGCACGUGGCCGGGCCCAAGGGCUGCAUCGUGCAGAUCGCCGACGCCGUCAAGAAGGACCCGCCGCCCGAGACGUUCAUGGCGAAGAUGCGGAGGCUGUUGUUGGAGCGCCACCCGGAUCACGAGGCGAGGCUGCAGUCCGCGCGCGAGGCGCACGUCGCGCUCAAGACGAUGCGGAAGGAGGGCAAGAUUGGAGAUGCGAUGGCUAUGGCGCGCGCUAUGGUUAUUCUCCGACGAAUACUAAAGCUCAUGGCGGAAUAUCUGCCCUGCUUCUUGUGUUCCGUCUCCCACCUUUUACUUCAAGUCCGGAUAUUCAAGGUAGUGUGUGUUAUAUCAUGGUAUCGAAGUCGCGUAACAUCAGAACUAAGCCAAGUCCUGAGCAAUCCGCCUGUGUCCAGCUGA